AUGCGAGCGACACUGGCUGCACUUGUCCUCGGCGUCGGCAUCACCGCUGCCGAACCGUCGCACACCGACACGGCCACCGAGGCGCAUCCCAAACCCACCCCCGGAUGGUCGGCAUACUAUGACAUUGACAACCCCAAGGAUAACUUUCAGCACAAUGAUGUAGACUGCUGGGUCACGUGUGAUUCGAAACUUGUCGACAACGGCCAAGAGUGCCGCGACUACAUGGCACGCGUGAACAUUGACGACGACGGAAACGCAGUCGCUGCGCAAUGCAUCACCAUUAUAAAUGGGGAUGUGGUUGAUUAUACAGAGGCCGGGCAGGAGAAGGCAGUUCAGUGCAGGCCGUGCCUCAAUUACAGAGAGUGUGAAGAGCACGGCGGACCGUACUUGAAGAAUUGUGCCGCUUUGGAGGCUCCCACUCGAAGAUGA